AUGGAUAGCUGUGAUCCAAGUACUUGUAUGUCUCCAAUAAAACCUACAGCUCGACUUGUAGCUGUAUGUCAAAAAGAACAAGUGUCAUCAUUUGAUAAACGUCAAAUACCAAUCAAUAUUGAUGAAAACCUUAUUAUGAAACUUCAAGUUGAUGAUGCAUGCAUAACAGGUGAUCAUCAUUGUUGUAAUAAAAAAACGAAAAAGUAUGAAACGUUUAUUAAUGGAUAUAAAAAAUUAACUAUGGAAGAAUUAAAUGACGCUCUAUGUGUACCCAGUACUCAAAUAAAAGAAUAUAUUCUUCAUAGUGUACCCUGCAUUGGUUGUCGAACAAGUAUUGAAAAUUUUAUCAAAUCAUUAUUAGAACAUCAUCAUUCAGGAUUAGAACCACUCAUUAUGAAUGAAAAAGCGUCCAUAACUGUAACGAAAAUUUAUAGCUCUAAUCCUGAUAAUAUUUAUACACUGUUUUAUGUUCAUGGAUCGAAAUUAAAUUCAUUUAUUGAAAGUAUUCCGAAGUCGAAAAAGAAUCGUCGAUGUAUUAUUCAUUCAUUAGAUAAAUCUAAAUCUAUUAACGAUUGGGAACUUGUUUGGGAUUCAAUGAAUGAAGAAUGCCGUGAUACAAUUACAUUAAUCGAAGCCGAUUGUUUACUUGAUACAUUAGAAAAUUAUUUACAUAAGCAUAAAUUCUGUUCGGAAUGUAAACUUAAAGUAUUAGAGGCCUAUGAUAUUUUACUGGACAAUGGAGAUAAUAAACAUCGAGAUAAGAAAGGAUAUUGCCCUGCAUUAUAUGAAGGUUUACGAUCAUGUACUAAUGAUAAACAUAUUCAUAUUGAUUCCAACAAAGUAUUUAUUGGUAAUUUAAUUGCACGAGCAGAAUCCGAAAUUCAAGAUAGUCGACGUGAACGUCAUGCUAAAACAUUAGAUAUAGCUCAAGAAGAAAUUCUAACUUGUAUUGGUAUUUAUUUAUUUGAACGAUUUGAUAAAAUCUAUCGUACAAUGCGAUCUGAAGAACAAACAUGGCAACUGCUAUUUUAUAUUGGAAUUGAUUGUUUAAGAUUAAACUUUGAAAAGGCUGUUGAUGGCAAACAAGAUUUUAGUAGGACAUUACAAAUUUUAUGUGAUGAAUUUCGUGAAGCAGACGAGCUAAAAGUACAGAAAAAGCAACAAAAACGUUCAAAGCGUAAAGCUCGUCGUCAAAUGAAAACGAAUGAAAAUAAUAAGAGGAAAGCAAAUAAAAUAAGAGAAGAAAUCGAUGAAAAACCAACUUCACGAUCUAAUUCUAAUGAUAAUAAACAAAAAACAAUAACUCGCCGUCGAACAAGUAGCUGUUGUUCUUGUCUAUGUCAUUCCUGUGAUGAACGAUCAAAGUCGCUGUCGAUUAGUCAUACAACACUGCCAUCCGCAUCAUUAGUGAAGUCACAAUCGUGUCCAUCCUCAUUACUUUUCACAUCUGAAUGUACACCAAAACAAUCACUUGAAGUUAAUAAUAAACAAAAAAUGCCAUUAUCAAGUUCACUUGAAACUCUUUUUUCAUCUGUUUCAACAAGGGAAUGCGCUUGUCACGGUAGAAAUUUAGAAAAACAGCAAGUGUCCUGUGACGAAUGUCCAACAUCAUCAUCGUUGUCAUGUAUCCGCUGUUUAAGUACACGAACUGAUCUUGGUUAUUCCUCAGGGCAAGAUGAAACUUGUUCGUUUGGUCCUUGUGAAUGUUCACUACUAUGUGAUGGAUGUUUAACUGAACUACCACAUUGUUGUCCAUUACACGAAGAAGAUGAGAAUAGUGAUGAACAUGGCGAAUCUGUUUCACCAUGUAAUUCUGUUUUGUCCAGUGGUAUCUAUAGUCAUAAUUGUUGUGUUCAUAAUACAUUAAUAGAUUUAAAAAAAACAAUUGAAUUAUGUGAUACUACUGGAAAACAUACCCUUAAACUACAAUUAUCUCAAGAAUAUCCAUUUUUUCAUAUGGAUCUGAAGCAAGCUUGGGAUGAAAAUACGCCAAUCGGUUUAGAUAGUCAAAUUUUUAUAUCCGAUAACGAUCUUCAUCGAUUUUUCAUGCUCAAUAAAAAUUUUGAUAUAAAACGUGCUCAAUUACGAGAUAAUAUCAAGUUAAAAUUUCUAGCAUGGAAACAACGUCUACCAUAUGAAGCUUAA